AUGUCCCUCAUCACCGCUUUUCCAUUUCACGCGUAUGUCGGCGAUCUUAGGACACGCCGCGUGGUGCAAGAGAAGGUGGCCGUCUCCCUCUCGUUGCUCACACCAGAGGACAUGGCCCGCAUGGCUUUUGUUGAGGUGCGCACACGAUGUGGGCAGGAGGACAAAACGGCUCCAUGGCGGCCGGUAGUGCGAAAUGGCGAGGAACACGCCACGUUUUACGACACGCGAAUGGGGAACUUUGACGUGCGCACAUUUCCGCCACACUCCUGUCAGACUUGCGCGGCGAGCCUUACAGGGAAGUACGGCAACGAGCGCUGCCAGGGGCACUUUGGUUUUAUCGGCAUGCCGCGGCUACACCCUGGCGACGCGUUGCGGGGCGAGGAGCGCAUGUCUGUGAUGAACCCACACCUUGUGGAAGAGGCUGAACAGCUGCUGCAGGCGAAGUGCUUCUUCUGUCACCGGUUUCGUGCCCCGUCUCUCGAUGUGGAGCGAUACCGUCAGGCGUUGCGGCUUGUUGAUCGCGGUCUUAUUGGCGAAGCGCUGCAUCUUUUAGAUGUCGUUAGCAACGCGAGGGGGUACGACACGCGACACCGGCGUCUGCACACGGCAAAUGAGGAGGUUAUCAACGAUGUCACACUUCUGCAGGAACAUACGGAGCGCAUUCUGAGUCGACAUGCACACACCUCUGCCGCGGCGGGUGAGGCGUCAACAGAAACAGAGCACGGGAGGAAGGGGGCGAUUGAUGUCCGUAACGGCAUUGCCCGACAAGCACUGCGCGAGUUGAAGGAGCACGUUGGCGUCUGCUCCCACUGUAAUGGUAUCUCUCCACGCAUUACAAAACGAAAUGGACACUUUUUCUUUUUCUUUAGAAAGAACAGCGCGUCGGUGAAUGUCGCGAACGCCCUUCUCACUCAGACGCAAUUGCAGGAGUGGGAGGAGAACAACAAGCUGCAUAAAAGAACUCAUACGUAUUUUUGUAAUCAAGACAUCCGUGAGCACCUGAAACAACUUUGCCAGCGCGAGGAACUCCUUCUUGGCAUGUUGUUUCCACACCUGGGUGAACCCUCCGUUAUCACACCACACACCACACCACUGCCUGCACGGGAUAUGUACAAGGCAUUCUUUAUAGACCGCAUUCUCGUCCCGCCAUUGCCGUUACGCAUUUCAUCCGGUGUGCAGGUACAAGAUGGCGGUGCCAUCUCCCCAGAUCCACAGACACGUGCUCUCUCUAGUGUCCUUGGAUUUGUGGAGCAAAUUGAGUGUUACCAGGUACUGCAGAACAACUCCACACCGGACCGAAACCUCCUCUCCACCGCGCAAGAAAUUGCAAAUGAGAUCAACCUACGUAACCUGCAGGUGAAGGUGAAUGAGGUGUACCAAGAAAUCAUGGGGACAUUUGCUAAGAAGGAGGGUUUGUUCCGUAUGAAUAUGAUGGGGAAGCGUGUGAAUCAGGCCUGUCGCUCCGUUAUCUCCCCAGAUUUAAUGGUGGAGCCGAACGAAGUCUUGCUGCCCCGACCAUUUGCCCGAAAUUUGUCUUUUCCUGAACAAGUGACAUUUUACGCCUCUGCCCGCAUGAAUCUUUUGAAGCGUUGCGUCAUCAACGGGCCGCGUCGCUACCCCGGUGCCACUCACCUUGAGAUUCGACAAACGAAUGGAGAAAUUCGGUUUAUUGAGCUUGACGUGCCUGAGCAAACACGGCGGCAACACGCUGCCAGGUACUUUGCCAUGGCGCAAAGUGGCGUCACACUGAUUGUGUACCGUCAUAUCUUGGAUGGCGACCGGGUGGUGUUUAACCGUCACCCGACAUUGCACAAGCCAAGUAUGAUGGGGUACCAAGUCAAGGUGCUUUCUGGACACAAGACACUUCGCUUUCACUACGUGAAUGGCAACUCCUUUAAUGCCGAUUUUGACGGCGAUGAGAUGAAUAUUCACGUCCCGCAGAGCCUGGAGGCGAAGGUGGAAUUAGACGUCCUGAUGGAUGCCAAUCUGAACUACCUCGUCCCCACCUCCGGGAAACCGAUUCGGGGACUUAUUCAGGAUCAUAUUGCGGCUGGUGUCCUGUUAACAUUGCGUGACAAGUUUCUUGAGCAUGCCACCUUUGUUCAACUUACUUACUAUGGGCUGGCACCCUACUUGCGCCAGCAACACGAAAUCACACUUUCUGAGCUUAUUCCUCUGCCGGCGAUCUUAUGGCCCCGGCCACUCUGGACAGGGAAACAGUUGAUUUCGGUCGUCAUUCGGUAUGUGAGCGGCGUGGGGCGCCGACCGGAUUGGAUGCGAAUUAACAGUGGAGGGGCUUCAUUGAGGGGAGUGUCACUGAUUCAUCCGGGGGUUUAUAAUCACACCAACCCA